AUGUCAAGCAAAGAGCCCUCAAAGAAGGAGAAUUUAUGGAACAACAUCUUAAAUGAAACAGGAUAAAAGAAUAAAUUUUAAAAUAAGUAGGUUCUUGUAUUAGGAACUAGAGGAACAGGCAAAAGAACUUUAAUAGAUUCGCUACACGAAAUUUCUUAAACAAUUUACCCAAAAAUAAGAUCAAAUGAAAUGCAAAGCGGUAAACUUAGAAUAGCAGGAUCUGUAUCUGCAUUAGAUUAUGUUUAUUUAAACGUCAAGAAUUUAGACGAUUAAGAUGAAGAUACUAUGGCUAAAUUAGGAUUCUAUAUAAUUGAUGAAGAAACUUAAAGCCAGUUGCUGCCUAUUGUAUUGAAAUAAAAUACUGUAAAGGACACAUUAAUAACUAUUAUGCUUGAUCUAUCAGAACCUUGGACUUUUAUGGAACAACUGGAUAAAUGGAUAGAAAUGAUUACAAAUCACUUACAAUCUUUAUAAAUAAAUCUUGAAACAUUAGAUUAAAUGAGAGCUAAAGUGGAGAAGCUGUUUAGAGACUACAAAGAACCUGUUUUGGACUCUGAUGGAAAAUUAGUAAAAUCAGAUACCUAAAUUUCUCCUGAAGAAGAAGCAGAGUUAAUUAAACUUAAAAGUAGUGUCCCUCUUCCAGAAGGCUCUCUUACAUCUAACUUAGGUAUUCCUAUAGUCAUAUUAGCAAAUAAGUCUGAUUUGAUUGCUUAGAGCAAUGAUCAAUAAAGCUAAAUUGUCUUAUAUUAUUUAAGAAAGUAUUGCCUUUAAUAUGGUGCAAGUUUAGUCUUUACCUCUAGCAAAAACUAAGAAAGCUUAGAAAUUUAUUAUGAAUAUAUGCUUCAUACAUUAUAUGGUUUUAAAAACAAAAAUAAGUCAGAAAUAUAUACAAUUGACUCUAUUUUCAUACCUUCUGGUUCAGAUAACUUAAAUCUUUUAAAGUAGAGUAACUCAACUAUUUUUGAAUAAUGCGACUCUAAACCUUAUGAGGAACUAGUUAAAAGACCUACUAGUAAGAAUCAAAGAUAGGAGGAAGUUGUUUGCGAAGAUGAACAAGAAUUUUUAAAGAAUUUAGUUAAUGAUAAGUCCAAUCCUGAACCUAUAUAAAGUGCUAAAUCUUCAAUUUCUGCUAUUCUUUAAUCAGGCACAAGUUCGACUUCUACAAGAACAGUAAAUCCUCCUAUAGUAGGGAACUAAGGUACUACAAGUGUUGCUAAAUUCUACUAGACUCUACUUAACUAGCCAAAUGAUGCUAGAAGACUCAGAGAAAAUGCUGAAAGAGACUUACAACAAAGAGUUGGAAAUAGUACAAAUAAUUAUUUUAGAAACGACGAAAUUUAGUAGGUCAAAGAUAUUAUAAAAAAGCAAAAUUGA